AUGAAAAUAUUAAGUUGGAACUGCCGGGGGCUUGGGAACCCCUGGACAGUUCAGGAUCUUCACCACUUGGUGAAAGAAAAGAGACCCGAUAUAGUAUUUCUUAUUGAGACUAAAUUGAUGGCUAAGAAUUUUGAAGGUAUCAAAAGGAGGAUGGCGUGGGAUGGGUGCUUUGUUGUUGAGGCAAUUGGUAGGAGUGGGGGAUUGGUGCUUUUAUGGAAAGAUGAAGAGGAGGUGGAUAUUGUAAACUUUUCACAACAUCAUAUUAGUGCCUAUGUUGGUAAGGAUGAAAGGUGGCUGUUGACAGGGUUGUAUGGUCAUCCAGAAGUGAAUAGAAGAAGGGAUUCGUGGAAAUUGUUGUCUCUAAUAAAGCCAUCUGGUCAGGUACCAUGGUGUACAAUUGAAGAUUUCAAUAAAGUGUGUUACCAAGAUGAAAAGGAAUGGGGUAGGCCUAGACCAGAAUCUCAGAUGAGAGAGUUUAGGCAUGCUUUGGAAGAAAAUUGCUUGUUUGAUCUCAGGUGGAAGGGGUGUAAGUUCACUUGGAGUAAUAGACAUGAAGACCAGACUUUCACAAAGGAAAGGCUAGACAGGGCAGUGGCUAAUUGUUGGUGGAAAGACUUGUUUAAAAAUAGAGAGGUGGAGGUGUUGACAGUGAGGCAGUCAGACCAUAAAGCAUUAUUAAUGAGUAUGGAUAAGGAUGAAGGCAUGAACAAGAAGAGGAGAAGAAUUUUCAGGUUUGAGGCAAAGUGGACUCUUGAGGAAGAUGGAGGGGCUAUUAUUGAAGAUGUAUGGAAGAGAAGAGUUAGUUUGCAAAACCUAAUGGGACAGGUGCAGCAGAAACUUUCAAGGUGUCAGAGAGAGUUACUUCACUGGAGCUUUCAGAGGAGGCAAAAUGCUGAGAUUCUAAUCAAAGAAAAAACUGAAAGGUUAAAGGAAGAACAAGAGAAUGAGGGUCCUCACAAUGCCAGGAUUAUCAAAUCUCUGCAAAGGGAUUUGGGUUUAUUAUUAGCUCAAGAAGAUUUAAAAUGGAAGCAGAGGGCUAAGUGGAAUUGGUACAAAAAUGGGGACAAGAACACAAAGUUCUUUCAUUCAUGUGCUAGUCAGAAAAGAAUAAAGAACCGAAUAAAGGAAAUCAGGGAUGAUAAUGGUAGGGUGGUGACUGAGCAAGGGCCUGAUGGCUAUGGGGCUUGUUUCUUUCAAGCAUAUUGGGGUGUAGUAGGGGAAGAGGUGUGCAAGGCAGUACUGGGCUUUCUGAAUGGUCAGGAAGGGAAAUUGAUAACUGAUAAUGUGAUGAUCGCAUAUGAAGCUUUGCAUACUAUGAAGACAAGGCAAAAGGGGAAGGUGGGAAGUAUGGCUUUAAAGUUAGACAUGGCAAAAGCCUAUUACAGGAUUGAGUGGAGUUUCUUAGAAAAUAUCAUGAGGAAGAUGGGGUUUGGGGAAAGGUGGAUUGGGCUGGUGAUGCAGUGUGUCUCUUCUGUUACCUAUUCGGUUAUGGUAAAUGAACAGUCUGGUAGAGUGAUAAAGCCUACACGAGGUAUUAGACAAGGGGAUCCAAUUUCCCCUUACCUUUUCAUUCUUUGUGCUGAGGGCCUUAGUAAUCUGAUUAAUAAGGCUGAAACCAGAUGUGAGAUUCAAGGAGUUGCUAUUGCAAAAGGGGGUACAAGGGUAAGUCAUCUGUUGUUUGCAGAUGAUUGUGUUAUUUUUGGGAGAGCAAAAAGGGAUGAAUGGUACAAAAUACAUGGAUUACUGGACACGUAUGGGAAGGCUUCAGGGCAGCAACUUAAUUUGCAGAAGACAACCAUCUUUUUCAGCUCCAAUACUGCAGAAUCUAUGAGACAGGAUGUACAAAGGGCAGCAAGAGUACCUGUGUGUGGUUCUUAUGAGAAAUACCUUGACUUACCUGCUAUGGUUGGUAGGUCAAAGUAUAAUUCUUUUAGAAUUAUCAAAGAAAGAGUUUGGGCAAAGUUGCAUAAUUGGAAGAAUUUAUUUCUGACUCAAGCUGGGAAAGAAUUUCUUUUGAAGGCUGUGGUCCAGGCUAUCCCUACAUUUACUAUGAGUGUUUCAAGCUUCCAAGAAGAAUUUACCAAGAGAUGUCUUCCCUGA